CGGAGCAUGCGCGCACAAGAACAACCUUUAUGAUUAGUCACUAACAGCUUAACGAGACUCUUUGCUGCUCUCUCGCUCAUUUUGAAACACUUUUUUGAGUCUUUAUUUUUUUAACUUCUUACGGCAGCUCAACAACGACAACUGUCACUUUGCGGUAAAAAAAAGUGAGUUUGCGACUGUAAAACUUUGCGAACGGACAGCUAAGCUAACGCUAGUAGAUCGCUAAUGCGUCGCCGCGACAUCAGAGCGCGUGCGUGAGUGUCCGCGUGACAGCAGGUGAACAGUUGAAUAAAAAAAGAAAAGUGAUGGAUUCACCAAAACCACUGAUCCUGAAGAGCAGAACCACGGUGUCCCUGCACGAGCGCUUCACUCAGGUUCUGAUGGAUCAGCUGACCCCAACCAUGACCUUUAACCCCAUCCUGCUGAUAAAGGAGGAGCCACCAUUCGGCAUCCAGGCUCCUCACUUCCACCAGAGGGCGACGUGCCAUCUGAGGAAGAGGAGGAGGAGGAGGAGGAGGAGGAGUCUCUGGACACAUGACCACACCUCCAAAUUUCGAGGCUACUGGAGCUUCAUGAGCAAAUACAGACUACAAGGACGGGGUCACCUGAGAAGUCGUCUCGGUCAGCACCGCGUCCUGAGGAGGAGGAGGAGGAGCCACGUCCACAGACUGACAGGACGACACCUUAACGUGAAGCUGCCGAGGGGCAUGGCCUCCACAACCAGGGGGCGUGGCCUCAGCAAUGACAGCAUACCAACCAAGAGACAGCUGGACGCUCAGCUGGACGACUAUAUGUCCGUGUCCAGAAGACGACUGGACAAAGAACUGGACGACUACAUGUCCAUGUCCAGAAGACGACUGGACAAAGAGCUGGACGAGUACAUGUGUCUACUGGAGGACUGAGGGGGCGGGACAGAAGGGGCAGGGCGUUGAGGUUAUUUAAGUUCAGGUUUUAUUUAAUGACGACAGAAGCUGCUCUUCUUUAGUUAGGUCAGAGGUCACGCUGUGUGACCUUCACUGACCGCUCUGUUCUUUGUUCUUAGAGUUUUAUGAAAAGAAGAAGUGCUGAGUCACUGUUAGUGAAAUAUGAGACAGUCGUGUUCUGAUUAAAGAGAUAGUUCACACCUUU